UGGGUAGGUUGUCGUCCGCUCUGAGUCUUCGCUACCGCUUCUGCACCGUGAGUCAAGGGACCUUAGCGGCAAACCUCGCUCCUGACAGUCUCUAUCAUCAAGUCGUCGCAACUCCGCCACCAUGUUCGAGGCACGCCUGAUCCAGGGUUCCAUCCUGAAGAAGGUGCUGGAGGCUCUCAAAGAUCUCAUCAACGAGGCCUGCUGGGACAUCAGCUCGGGCGGCGUGAACCUGCAGAGCAUGGACUCGUCGCACGUCUCCUUGGUGCAGCUCACCCUUCGCUCCGAAGGCUUCGACACGUACCGCUGCGACCGCAACCUGGCCAUGGGCGUGAACCUAACUAGCAUGUCCAAAAUACUAAAAUGUGCUGGUAAUGAAGACAUCAUUACGUUAAGGGCUGAAGAUAACGCUGAUACCUUAGCGCUAGUAUUCGAAGCACCAAAUCAAGAGAAAGUUUCAGACUAUGAAAUGAAGUUAAUGGACUUGGAUGUUGAGCAACUUGGAAUCCCAGAACAGGAGUACAGCUGUGUGGUAAAGAUGCCUUCUGGUGAAUUUGCACGCAUAUGCCGAGACCUUAGCCAUAUUGGAGAUGCUGUGGUGAUAUCCUGUGCGAAGGAUGGGGUGAAGUUUUCUGCAAGUGGAGAGCUUGGAAAUGGAAACAUUAAGUUGUCACAAACAAGUAACGUUGAUAAAGAGGAGGAAGCUAUAACCAUAGAGAUGAAUGAGCCAGUUCAGCUGACUUUUGCGCUGAGGUAUCUGAACUUUUUCACAAAAGCCACUCCACUGUCUCCUACAGUAACACUCAGUAUGUCUGCAGAUGUACCCCUUGUUGUAGAGUAUAAGAUUGCUGACAUGGGACACUUAAAGUACUAUUUGGCUCCGAAGAUUGAAGAUGAAGAAGGAUCUUAGGCACUGCUAGAAACUGAGAAAACUAAGCUUCUGAGAGAACAGCUUCUGAGAGAACUGCUUCUGAGAUGCCAGCAUGGCCUGAAGUCUUUUCUGUCACCAACUUUGUACCUGGGUACCUAAUGUAGAUAUCUGAUGUAAAUAACCUACUUUUUUUCUCUGCAUUCUCCACAGUUUGCUUGAAUAAACUCCAAAGUAAAAACUG